AUGGCAAAAGAGUCUUCUGCUGAUGAGAAUUCUGAGGAUGAUACAGAUGAUGGUGAUACGUCUGAUGAUGCUGGCUCUGACGAUGAUUCCCCUGAUGAUAAAGACUCUGAUGAUGGCAAGUCCAAUAACAGACCUGAUGUAGAAUCUGGAGAUGAUACCUCUAAGGAUAACCCUGAUGAAAAACUAUCUCAUAAAAAGUCAUCUAAGGAUGAUGAGAAGAAGACUUCUCGAAAGAAAAGGCAUUCAGAGAUGCCCAAAAAUGCAGAGCCAUCUUCUAAUGUAGACGUUUCUAAGGAUGGAAAAGAUGAACAUACAUUUGCACUGGCCACAACGGUGCAUAACAUUAGAUCAGAGAAAGACAUAGCACGUGCGAAGGACAGAGGAUGGAUGAUUCAUCCUAAUAACGACAUGCUUGAGUAUGCAACUAAGUUUACGAUGAAUGGCAAGUACAUUGUCAGGCUAUCUGGAAAGAAUACAUACGUUGGCCUGUUUACGCUUGAUGCUCUGCGCGGUGUCGGUGAUGUUCCAGAGUUGGAUAUCUUGGAACGCUCCAUGCUUAGCAAGAUGAAACUUCAACCAUUGUCUGAUGAAGAGAGAAAGACGCUUUUCAACGAGGAGAUCGAAGUAGAAGAAGAAGUACCAGUAGAAGGACCAACAGAUAAAUCCAAGGUGAUAUGGAAAAAACUUAACAAGUACUUGGAAUAUUCCGAGAAUGUACUUGUAAAUGGAAUGCACAUUCUCAAGAUGCGCAAAAAAGACACUGUAAUCGGCUUGAUGACUGAUGACCAUAUUGCUGCAGAGAAUGUAGAGUGUCAUUCUCUUAGCCAGAAGGAAAAAGAGAAGUUGUUUGCUAUGGGAUUUAAACCGCAUGAGCAUAAGCAAAGCUUGCCACAGAAAGAUGAGAGCACAUGUGAGGAUGAUAAAGAUGCUGAGGGCGAUAAAGAUGCUGAGGGCGAUAAAGAUGCUGAGGAUGACAAAGAUGCGGUGGGUGAUAAAGAUGCUGAAGAUGACAAAGAUGCUGAGGGUGAUAACGAUGCUGAGGAUGACAAAGAUGCUGAGGGUGAUAACGAUGCUGAAGAUGAUAAAGAUGCUGAGGAUGAUAAAGAUGCUGAGGAUGUUAUGUGGAAAAGGUACCCUAAAGAUAAAAGCUCCUCGGGUAUAAUCGUCAUAGAUAAAGACGAAAUUAAAUGGACAACAUGUUCGUUUGACAAGAAGCAUGAAUAUGCAACCAACUACCUUUUCGACGGAUGUCAUCUGCUCAAGAGGUACGAAGAGGACAUUAUUGUUGGACUGCUGUAUAAGAUACCUGCAAACGGUGACAGUAACUAUAGUCGAGACAAAUUUACCAACAACAAACAAAAGCAGAAGUUAAUUGCCAUGGGGUUCACGAUCGAGGAAUUGCCUAAAUUGUACUCUCCAGAUGUAAAGUUUUGGUAG